GGCAAGAGCUUCAAGACGGCGAAUGAGCUGAAGCUCCACCGGCGGGUGCACACGGGUGAGAAGCCCCAUGGCUGCUCCACCUGCGGCAAGAGCUUUGCCCAUUUGUCGGGGCUGCGGGAGCACCGGCGGGUGCACAGCAGUGAGCGGCCCUUCACCUGCUCCGAUUGCGGCAAAGGCUUCAAGUCGGCACUAGCGCUGAAGAAGCACAGGCGUGUGCACACUGGGGAGCGGCCCUACACCUGUGCCCAGUGCGGCAAGUGCUUCACUAGCUCCGCUGGGCUGCAUUCCCACCAGCGGAUCCACACCGGGGAGCGCCCUUACACCUGUGCCCAAUGCGGCAAGGGCUUCACCCUCUCCGGCACCCUGCUGGUGCACCAGCGCACCCACACCGGCGAACGCCCCUACACCUGUGCUCACUGCGGCAAGGGCUUCACCCAGUCCGUCAGCCUGCUGGUGCACCAGCGCACCCACACCGGCGAGCGCCCCUACACCUGCGCCCAGUGCGGCAAGGGCUUCACCCACUCCGGCAAUCUGCUGUCCCACCAGCGCACCCACACCGGUGAGCGCCCCUACACCUGCAUCCAGUGCGGCAAAGGCUUCACCAGCUCCACCAAGCUGCUGUCUCACCAGCACUCCCACACCGGCGAGCGCCCCUACACCUGCGCACAGUGCGGAAAGGGCUUCACCCACUCCAGCACCCUGCUGGUGCACCAGCACACCCACACUGGCGAGCGCCCCUACACCUGCACCCAGUGCGGCAAGGGCUUCGCCCGCUCCAACAACCUGCUGAAGCACCAGCGCACCCACACCGGUGAACGGCCCUACACCUGCAUCCAGUGCGGCAAGGGUUUCACCCACUCCAGCAACCUACUGAUGCACCAGCGCGCCCACACCGGCGAGCGCCCCUACACCUGCGCACAGUGCGGCAAGGGCUUCACCCGCUCCACCUCUCUGCAGUCCCACCAGCGGGUGCACGCCGUCGAC